GGCUGGCCAGGCACUUUCAAAAUGGCGGAGCGUGGAGCAAGUGGCGGCGGGAGCGGCGGGGACAGUCUGGACAAGAGCAUCACGCUACCCCCCGACGAGAUCUUCCGCAACCUGGAGAACGCCAAGCGCUUCGCCAUUGAUAUAGGUGGAUCACUGACCAAGUUGGCAUACUAUUCUACUGUCCAGCACAAAGUAGCCAAAGUGAGGUCUUUUGACCACCCAGGAAAGGACAUGGAACAAGACCAUGAGCCACCCUAUGAGAUCUCAGUUCAGGAGGAGAUCACAGCUCGCCUGCAUUUCAUCAAGUUUGAGAAUACUUACAUGGAAGCCUGUCUGGAUUUCAUCAGAGACCACCUAGUCAACACUGAAACCAAGGUCAUCCAGGCCACAGGGGGUGGAGCCUACAAGUUCAAGGACCUAAUUGAGGAGAAGCUGCGUCUGAAGGUGGACAAAGAGGAUGUAAUGACCUGUUUGAUUAAGGGGUGCAACUUCGUGCUGAAGAACAUCCCACAUGAGGCUUUCAUGUACCAGAAAGAUUCAGACCCAGAGUUUCGAUUUCAGACAAAUCACCCCAACAUCUUCCCCUACCUCCUGGUCAACAUUGGCUCAGGAGUCUCCAUCGUAAAGGUGGAGACUGAGGACCGGUUUGAGUGGAUUGGUGGAAGCUCCAUUGGAGGAGGCACUUUCUGGGGACUUGGGGCUCUGCUCACCAAAACAAAGAAGUUUGAUGAGCUGCUGCAGCUGGCCUCCAGAGGCCGGCAUGCCAACGUUGACAUGCUGGUACAGGACAUUUAUGGUGGGGCCCACCAGACCCUGGGACUGAGUGGCAAUCUCAUCGCAAGCAGCUUUGGAAAGUCAGCCACUGCCGACAGAGAGUUCUCCAAAGAAGACAUGGCCAAGAGCCUGCUGCACAUGAUCAGCAAUGACAUUGGACAGCUCGCCUGUCUCUACGCCAAGCUUCACGGCUUGGACAGGGUCUACUUUGGGGGCUUCUUCAUCCGGGGCCACCCUGUGACCAUGCGUACCAUCACCUACAGCAUUAACUUCUUCUCCAAGGGCGAAGUCCAGGCACUCUUCCUGAGACACGAAGGCUACCUGGGAGCCAUCGGGGCAUUUUUAAAAGGAGCCGAGCAAGACAAUCCUAACCAGUACAGCUGGGGUGAGAACUACGCAGCCAGCUCCGGGCUGAUGAGCACGUCGCCCGAGCUGUGCCCGGCACAGCGGGCAAGGAGCGGCACAUUUGACCUAUUGGAGAUGGACCGGCUAGAGAGGCCCCUGGUCAACCUGCCCCUCCUUCUGGACCCAUCCUCCUAUGUACCUGACACAGUGGACCUCACCGACGAUGCUCUGGCCCGCCAAUACUGGCUCACCUGCUUUGAGGAAGCCCUGGAUGGGGUGGUGAAGCGAGCUGUGGCCAGCCAGCCAGAAUCCAUAGAUGCAGCUGAGAGGGCAGAGAAGUUCCGGCAGAAGUACUGGAGCAAACUGCAGACGCUGCGGCACCAGCCCUUUGCUUAUGGGACACUGACUGUGCGCAGCCUGUUGGACACGAGAGAGCACUGUCUGAAUGAGUUCAACUUCCCAGACCCCUACUCCAAGGUGAAGCAGAAAGAAAACGGCCUCGCACUAAAAUGCUUUCAGAGUGUGACACGCUCACUGGACUCACUAGGCUGGGAAGAGCGACAGCUGGCCCUGGUGAAGGGGCUAUUAGCCGGGAAUGUCUUCGACUGGGGAGCCAAGGCCGUAUCUGAUGUCCUUGAAUCGGACCCCCAGUUUGGGUUUGAAGAAGCAAAGAGAAAAUUGCAAGAACGGCCCUGGCUCGUGGAUUCCUACACCAAGUGGCUCCAGAGGUUAAAGGGGCCCCCUCAUAAAUGUGCCUUAAUUUUCGCAGAUAACAGUGGAAUAGACAUCAUUUUGGGAGUCUUCCCCUUUGUCAGGGAGCUACUCUUUAGAGGGACAGAGGUCAUCUUGGCAUGCAACUCAGGCCCUGCCCUGAACGAUGUGACCUACAGUGAGUCCCUCAUUGUGGCAGAACGCAUUGCAGCCAUGGACCCCAUCGUCUGCUCUGCACUCAGAGAAGACAGGCUGCUGCUCGUGCAGACUGGUUCCAGCUCGCCAUGCCUAGAUCUCAGCCGCCUAGACAAGGGGCUGGCCGUGCUGGUACGGGAGCGUGGUGCGGACCUGGUGGUCAUCGAGGGAAUGGGCCGUGCCAUCCACACCAACUACCAUGCAUUGCUGCGCUGUGAGAGCCUCAAGCUGGCGGUGGUGAAGAAUGCCUGGCUGGCGGAGCGACUAGGUGGUCAGCUCUUCAGUGUCAUCUUCAAAUACGAGGUUCCCGCCGAGUGAGACGCCCACCCUGCCAGACCUAUCUGCCUGUCCCUCGUCUGCGAGGAAUCACAGCAGAGUGUUGAUACUAUGCUUCUGUGACCAACAGACAGCACGUGUACCAGGGCCACCCAACCUAGCAUUUGUCCUGUGGGACACUUGUGUUGGAAUGUAUUUAACUGUUAAAUAAUCUUUUAUAUAUAUAUAUACAUAUAUAUAAAUAUAUAAAUACACAUGUAUUCAUCUGGUAGGAAACAGUGCCUGGCACAGCAGGUCUCCCAAAGACCAGAUACGCUUUCUACAUGCUGCUGAGAAAAUGCCCACAGUCCCGAGUGAUCUGUGGCAGCCCCAGCUGACUUCCUCUGUCACCUCUGGAGCUGCUGAUUGCUGAACUUCCAGUUCUGUUCCAUCACCUCCUUGGGUCCCAGUGUUUUUCCCAUCCUGUUUCUUGACUCAGAAGGAGCAAACACCAGUCCAUCUGCUGACCCAGCUGCUGGGAAUAGUACCAGCUGCUAAGCAGCACUCCUGUUUCAAGAGCUGGUGGAGAGGAGGCUUUAUCAUGAAGGACCCUCAAGGGUUCUUGGAGGGAGCUGGGCAGAGCCCAGCAACCUGUAUGGGUUUUGUUACUGUGGCUUUGAUUCCAGUCCCCAGGGCUUGGCGCCUGGGAAUGCUGUGAUGCCUCAGGUGUACACAAGGCUCUUGGACUCCUUCCUUAACUGACUUGACCCCCCCCCAGGGGUGGAUGUGUGGCCAUGAACAGCCACACAUUGAGGAUGUGUGGUAGAGCCUAGAACACCUAGGUGUUCACAGGACUGCACAGGUACAGGGGUGGAGCCUUGGGCUCCAGUUCUCACAGUGGGGGCUUGUUCUUGGCAUCUGAGCUGUUAGAGAUACUGAAGAGGCCGACACCAGCUCUACUGGGUCCCCCGGAUGGAAAGAAACAGACCAACCAAGAGCCACAGCCAGAUGCUUAUCACCCAGCUGAGUGUUACCUUUCAUGGUGGUAGCUGCUGCUCUGCCUUUCUCUUGUUCUCCAUUAGGACCUCCAGCAUCCAGCAUACUCAGUUCUGGGCCAAUGAAAGUGACAACCUGGAUAAAGCAAUGUGAUAGGGCCUGUACCCAGAUCCCCACCCCUUUUCCUUGCCAUUAGAGGUUUUCAGUGGCCAUUUCAGGCCCUAUCUAAUGUCUUUGCAACCUGCCCUGGAAUGUUGAUGUGGGCUGUAACAUCUAUGAUUUGUGUAGUGGCAGUGACCCCCUUGUGUACCAGCCAUUAUGCAAUGCCUGUAGGUGAGUAGCAGAAUUGAUGCCUGGCCCUCCCACAGAUAGCCACCAGGGGGCAGCAGGCACCUCAACAAGCAACAUCCUGGGGUUCUGCAAUCAGCUGUUUUGAGUCCAGGGCCUACUUCCAGCCCAGCCCAGGGGCCUCAAAUCAUCAGCUCAGAUAGCUGUAGGCCCCAAGCCAGGGAUCUAAUGUUAGAAGUCCCCAUUCACAGAUUGGGGUAUGUUCCUUGGUCCCCAGCGUGGAUGGGGGUAGGCUUCCUGCCUUUCUUGAACUCCAGGCAGUGAGGCAGGCCCAGCUGGGUCUUGGAACUAUCCAAACUGGAAAGAUAGUCUCAUUCCCAGUCCCACUUUUGGGUGACUACAGGCCCACCCUGAGGCCAAGUUAUGACGGCCCUUGGUCUGCCUUAGCUGGGCCCUCCGAAGGGAAGAGAUGAGCAGAGGUGAUUGGGGCUCUGAGCAUAAGUUAGUACUGCCUAACAUAUAUCCUUCCCCUGGGACCUACCUGUGUCCCCACCUCAGCCUGUGGCCAAAUACUUGUCACAUCCCACAGCCCCAACCUGCGGCCUCUACCCUUUUCUUAGCCAAAGUAGAGAGUCUGCUCCAUACCCAUGGCCUGCUCUUGCCUGCACCCCUGCCAUGUGCACAUGUGUACUACCCCACUGUUAGAUGCUGGUCACCAAGCUGGCAUAGCAGUUCUUCAGGUUGAGCCAUCUCACUGGCCCCAGGCAGGCAAUCCACCCCACCACCACCACCACCACCACAUUUCUGCUCAGGCCACGGUGCCCACCUGCCCAAGGUACAACAGGUUAAGGAAGCAAGAGGUCCUGCUGGAUUUGAGAUAGACAGGCACCCCUCCCUGGGCUUGCCGAGCUCGAAUAGUUUGAUACAAGCCCUGCCUGUGGCAGAGAACAGUGAGGGCAGAGUAGCCUCCCCACAGGUAUGUCUUUCCCAGUAGGGCUGCGUGGAGCUACCUCAGUCAACAGUGGGUUUGAAGGUCCCAGGAGAAGCUAUGGCCUCACCCAUAGCGGCACAACAACUUUCCAGGAGGUGAAAAGGCCUGGAACCAUUUUCCCUAAAGCUCCAGGGGCAAAGCACCCACAGUGGGGGCCUCUGGCUGGGAGCCUAGGCAUGAGGAGAGGGUUACCUAGGCCUACCCUGGAAGACUCUGCUCUGUCCUCUGAGGACAGAGCUGCAGCAGCAGCAGCAGCAGGAAGUAGCCCAGAAGGGAAGGGAGCAAGGUGAGCCCACACAGAACAGGCCUGAUGCAUUUAUUGGGGGAGUUGUGUUCCCGAGUUUACACAGUUGCUGGGUGGUUUGUUUAGAACAAGCCAGAUGCACAGUGGGGUGGGGGACAGGGAGAAACAUCCUAGCAGUUGUGGAUAUGUCACAGGCAUUCUGGGGUACUAGCACAAAGCAGGUAGCAAAACACACCACACACCACAGGGCCACACACCAGGUGGAACAGUGGGAAAGGGCUCAGAAUCAUUGUAAUAUUGUGUAAGUUUUGGUUCUAAAAAGUUAAAUAGCUCUCUGUG